AUGGGAGAUACCCUACACAUCCUAACAAAAUUGACGGAGGUCAGAAAUUUUCUAGCCAACGAAAUCUACAACAGUACUAAAGAAGUAAAGGCAGAAAUUCAAGCGGCCCUAGAAGAUAAAAUGGUGCAAGUCAUACGCGCCCACAACACGGUAGUGACACACUCCAGGACCAUGGGGCAACAAAUUGCAGACCUGGAAAUGAUGGUAGAAGACCUAGCCAACCGCUCUAGGCGCAAUAAUGUGAGGCUCUGGGGACUCCCCGAAUCUCCUAACGAGGGGGACCUGGUAGACAAAAUGAAGCAGUACUUUAAGCACCUCAUUCCAGGUAUGCCGGACGAACACUGGGCAAUUGACCGCGCACAUAGAGAGCUCUGAGCCCACAGAACGGAAGGACAGGCCCCAAGGGAUAUCAUCCUCUGCUUUCACUACUACUCCACGUAGGAAGCGGUAAUGAAAUACGCAAGAAAUAAAGAGCUGACAUACCAAGACGCAGCUAUCAACUUAUAUCAGGACCUAUCUCCUACCACCCUACAACGCAGACGAAACUGGAGACCCCUGGCGCUACUUCUACAGGAAAAGGAGAUCAGGUACACCGGAGCCACAUACACGCUACUGCCGGGAGCGGACCCGAAGAAAUUCCUCCGGAGCAUCCAAGUGGAACCGCCACCAGGCUUCACCCUGACCCAGGAGACCUUACCUGAGCUCAACACACUGCCCGCAGAAUGGACCACCACCAAGGACACAGCGGGUCGCCACAUCUAA